GUUUAGAAAGGCAGCACCCGCUCUUACUAUGUCGUACAGAUAUUUUGUGGUUUUGUUUUUCUUUGGAUUGUGCUGCGGUGAUCCGCAUUAUUUAAAUGUUACAGAUUAUUUCUUAAUGCCACCGCUGUUUAACCUGGAUAGCUAUGAAAAAUGCAUGGCUGGUGAAGACGGUCUAUUUUGUGUUGUUGCUGUGGACGUCAUAACACAACCUGAUAAUGACGUAACAAACAUCAUCAAAAAGUAUUCCUUAAAUAAGCUAAAACAAUUUAACCAUUCAAACAUAGAACGAGGGAUCUGUGUCACGAGAAGUUGCAGAAGACAAAAUAUUCAAAAUUUAAACAUGGAGGACCUACAAAUAGUACUUUCGGAAUGCCUCAAUGAAACUAUUUACAAUGAAUAUAAAGUAGAAACGAAAAUAUCAAGAAUAAAUUAUUGCCAUAAUUCUAAGCGUCGAGUUGAUGUAGAUGUUGAUAUUGGAGAUCGAAUAUUUGGAAUUGCAAUUUUAAUAAUAGUUCUGCUCAAUAUUAUUGGUACGAUGUAUGAUGCUCAGCUAAAUAGAACGAAAAAUCAAAGUAAAGAACUUCGAGAAGCUGUCUUACCAAAUGGUAUUCAGUGGAUCAGCUUUAACUCAAGUCUACUUCAUGAUGUCAGGAUGUCUCCUCACGCAUGCGCUCAAAAUCAGUGCGGAGCAACACCGUGUAUCGUGGACACUAUUCCCAUUGAUAUUAAUCAAUAGAUUAGGAAGGGUUCUGCCCGCAAUAAUGAUGAUCCUCGGUUUCACCACCACGUGGUUUCGUCACCUUGGAAAUGGUCCAUUGUGGAACUACUACGUUAGUCCGGCCGUCAGCGACUGUCGGCGAUACUGGUGGUCACAUCUACUAUUCGUAAACAUCUUUCUUCCUGAUACGGAAGAUAGGGCCUGCUUAAUUCAAUCUUGGCACAUCUCGGUGGAAAUCCAACUCUUUACGAUUGGUUUGUUCAUCUAUCUGGCCACCAGGAAACGUUUCAGGAGGCUUGCGUUUACCAUCAUGUUCCUCAUUGGGCUGGUUGCACCAGCGCUACAUGUGUGGUUCAAGGAUGUUGAAGCUACUGUUGUGAUUUAUCCAGAAUUUAUAAGAAAAUUGAUGAGCGAUGAGUUCCGUAAUGUACAUACCUUGUCUUACAACAACUUGUCAGCUUACGUCAUCGGAAUGUGUUUGGGACUGUACAUACAUGACGCACAACGAAAUGAUAAACAGUUUCCAAAAAGCAAGAUUUUAUCAUUGUUAGCGUGGAUGGUAAUACCAGCAACAUUCCUAUUAUUCGGUAUUUCUGGAAUGUAUUUCUAUGGAAGCAAUGAGCGAGCGCCUCUUCUGUUCAGAAUAAUAUUUGCUGCAGCGCAUAGACCCAUACUUGCCAUUUUGUACGCGUUCCUUGUACUCGGUUUAGUAUUCAAAUUUAGCAAGCUUGGAAGCAUUAUCGCGUGUUGGAGUGUUUGGCGGUUACCAAGCAGACUUAGCUACAUGGUGUAUAUCAUUCACAUCAACAUAAUACAAUAUUUGCUCGGGACCAGGACUCAGCUGGACCACGUAUCGUUCAUAAACAUAGCAACAAAUAUCGUGGAGGUGACAGGUAUAUCAUUCUUGACAGCUCUACCAUUGUAUCUUCUAGUCGAGGCACCAUUUACAAACUUUGUUAAGACUUUAGUGUUUGGAAAUCACAUUCAUCCGGCAAAGGACUCGAAGAAAGAGUAGAUUUAAAAUCAGUAUUUGCUUUAAAUUAUAAUUUAAGUACUUACAUUUAUGUAUAAGAGAUAUAUAUUGUUAUAAGAUACUAGCGGACCCGACAGACGUUGUUCUGUUAAAAAAAAACUCUCGCCGAUGGAAUUUCGUAAAAUCCGUUCUUAGCUGACCUCUACUCGACGAUAGGAAUAUUCCUACCAAAUUUCAAGUCUCUACGCCUUAUGGUUCCAGAGAUAUCGUGAUGAGUGAUUAUAUAAGUCGAAAUCUCUUAUAUAUAUAAGAGAUUUCCACAUUGACCAUGGGAAAUGGAUUUUCUAGAUUCAGACCACAAACUUUCAAGAAUUGGCCUUGAGAUUUUUUAAUGGUCAUGACGAAUGCAAGAUGGAUCGGAAAUUAAAAAUUUGCGGGCCAACUCGACACGCAAAAUGUUCAUGAAGUAGUUGCUGCAGAUCAUGAAGAAUUGCUAUUAUCAUUGCUGCAUUGAUCUCUUCAUGUCGUUGUUCCUCCAUGAUGCCCAUGAAAUAUAAUUGUUAAAAUUUAUGGUGUGCAUCUUUGAGAGAUUGCAAUGAUCCAAUUUGAUGGUGAAUCUGUCCUUGUAUCUACAAAAUCAAAAGCAAAGUCCGUAUUACUGAUUUGUUAACACUUAUUUUUAGAAUUAGCAUACAUAAUACAUAGGAAUAAAUAUAGUAGGUAUGUUAUUCUUCUACUAUAUUGUGUGUAAGAAUAUAAAUAAAUUAAUACCCUGAAUGUCGGAUUAAAUCGUCGUUCUUAGAUAAUGGCUGCCUCAAAUGAGGACAUUUGGAAACAAACAUUGCUUUUUUGAGUGUUUGCUAGAAAAUGUCGUGAUUCGGUAGUUUCCCACUAAGGCAGCACAAUCCUGGCGUUUCUCCGGAAAAUACUUGCAAAUAACGUCCGUUGACCCAAUGUGAACGCUAGUAUGCAAGAGGUAAUCAGUACUGCAAUCGUAUCGAAACGCUGCUCGAUUCAAAUCAGUACUUCAUAAAUUUCUUCUUGUGCGUCGAAAAUUAUCUAGUUGUUAAUCUCUGAGGUUUACUGGCUGCCUCGCUUUGCUCUUGUGAUUCAGAAACACAACGUCGAGCCCAUACUAACGCGGUGCUUUUUACCUGCAAUUUCUUGUUCUUCGUCAGUCCAAUUCGCAAUGUUUCGAAUCCUAGUUGCAUUACGUCUAUGUCGGGAAAGAUGGCACAAUAAGCUAAUAGAAACGCGAAACAAACACAACCACCCAAUGAAAUUCUAUACAUCUUAUAUAUAGAAUCUUAUAUUACGUCAUUGCACCCACCAGUCAACUUGAAUAACAUGACGUGCACUGUCAGUUGUAUUUUAAUAAUACAUUUAAUAAUAAUACAUUAUUACUCAUGAAGCGUGAAACUAACAAAAAACUUCAUUGAAUUCUUUCUAUUCUCGAGAUGUCAUGAAAAUGUCAAUCCAUACAAAAUGUAUGAGAAAAUAAAUGUUUUUAUAAUAAUAUUUUUUUGUAAUUUUUUCGAUAUUUUAUUACUUAUUAUCCUAUUCCGGACUAAGAGAAACCCAAAAAAUCAAACAACAGAAAAAAUGGUCUAGCCGUUCUUGAGUUAUAAAUAGUGUAACUAACACGACUUUGUUUUAUAUAUAUAUAGAUUUAAGACCAAAAUUGGAAGUUCUAUUAUUUAUGUUACAAAAUUUGAAUCCAUCGAAUAGCCUUUUAUAAGUUGCCUAUUUUAUCCAUGCCGAGGACUUCCAGGAUCCAGUGUUGAAAAGGAGCUUAGAGGAUGGUGAUAAUUAUUGGGAAAUCAACACUAAAGUAACUAAUCACAAACUAAUAAAACUCAACCAAAUUUGAAUGAGAAUAAGAGUAAGAAGGAAAAACGUUAGAAACGUUAUUUGUAUACAAAUUAUAUUAAAGAAAUCUGAAACAAAUAUUCUUAUUGAAUAAUAGGGCUCAGGCAGAAAAUGAAAUAAUUUUUAGGGGCAUUUCAAUU